CUGCUGAAUUCAAGAAUGGCGACUGCUGAUCUGAGAGAGGAGCUAACCUGCCCCAUCUGCCUGAGCAUUUAUACAGAUCCUGUAACUCUCAGCUGUGGCCAUAACUUCUGCCUGGGCUGUAUUGAGAGUGUGCUGGGUACCCAGGAGGGGUCUGGGCUUUAUUCCUGUCCUGAGUGCAGAGAAACUUUUACUCAGAAACCUAAACUGCAUAGGAACAUAGCGCUGUGUAAUGUAAUGAAGCAUUUAGAGAUUACUCAGCCAGAGCAAAAAGACACCGGGGUCCUCUGCACUUACUGUGUUCACUCUCCUGUACCUGCUGCUAAAUCAUGUCUGCAUUGUGAGGCUUCUCUGUGUGAUACCCACCUGAGGGUACACAGCAAGUCUGAGGAACACGUCUUAACUGAACCCACCACUUCCUGGGGUAACAGAAAAUUCUCCAUACACAGGGAGCUGCUGAAAUAUUACUGCACUGAGGAUGCUGCCUGUAUCUGUGUGUCCUGCUCCCUGGUCGGAGAGCACAGGGGACACCAGGUGGAGCUGCUGAAUGAGGCUUCUGAGAAGAAAAAAAAGAAACUGAGAAAUGUUCUGCAGAAACUGACCACAAAGAGAGAGAAGACUGAGAAAAGAGUCCAGAGUCUGCAGAAGCACAGGAGAGGGGUGCAGGAGAAAGCAGCUGGUGUAACAGAGCGACUCACUGCCCUGAUUAGGGACAUCAGGAAACAGCUGGAAGACCUAGAGAAGCGAGUCCUGAGUGACAUCACCCGGCAGCAGGAGCAGCUUUUACUCCCAAUCUCUGAUCUGAUCCAGCAGCUGGAAAAAGAGAAGGACGAGCUGACCAGGAAGAUGAGUCACAUUGAGGAGCUGUACAACAUGACUGACCCAUUAACUGUCCUACAAGAACAGGAAUCACACAGAGAUGACUUUUGUGGUGCUGAGAAGGGAGAUAAUGAGGUCACACAGAGAGGUGAUAAACAGGUCCCUGCUGGGGGGGAUUUAGAUGAGGGUCUGAUCUCAGUGACCUUAUACAGAGGUUUAGCUGAUAUUGUGACUGAUGUAAAGAGAGGGAUCUAUAUGCAGGUGACAUCAGACAUAUUCCUGGAUAUAAACACAGCUCAUAAUAAUGUUAUUGUAUCAGGUGACCUGAAAACUGCAUCCUGCUCAGUUAUAAACCAGCAGCGACCAGAAACACCAGAGAGAUUUACAGAUUAUGCUCAGGUAUUAAGCACAAGGAGCUUUUCCUCAGGACGACAUUACUGGGAAGUGCAGAUCAGUGAAUCAGGGUACUGGCGUGAGUGGUGUGUAGGGGGUUGUUAUACCAGUAUGGGGAGGGGAGGAGAUCAGUCUGGGAUAGGAGAGAAUAACAAGUCCUGGUGUUUGUGUAGUUAUAAUAAAGAUCUUUACAUGAGACAUAACAAUAUAAACACCUUAUUACACCCCCCUCUAUCAUGUGACACAGUAGGAAUACUGCUGGACUAUGAGGCUGGGCGUCUGACCUUUUAUGAGCUGUGUGACCCGAUCAGACACUUACACACCGUCACUGUCACCUUCACUGAGCCUCUUCAUGCUGCAUUUAGGGUAUGGGGUGAUGAUGUCUGUGUGAGAAUCCUGUGCUAGAUACACUGAUAAUAAUAAUAAUGCUGUAUUCUGUGUAUAUAAAGAUGGUGUCUGUGUGAGAAUCCUGCACUAGAUACAC